GUCCCCGCAGACUGUCUAAGGACAGAUUUGAUUUCCUAGUUGUUAUGUUUUGGGUUAACAGACCUCAGAUCUGUCUCUCUCACACAGUUCAAAGUGCAGUCUUCUGGUCGUUGACCCUCAGCUCAGUGUUUGGACAGUCAGACUGUUUGUCGGUCUUCACCGUGAAGAAGUAGAGAGACACAAGAAGCAGAAAAGGGGACCUCGCCAUGACGACUGAAUACCAUGACAACGCUGAAGAUGAGAGUAGCUCCUUCUGGAACAAAGAUCCGGCGCCUGUCUCUCUCUCUGGGAUCUACAGGUUCAGACGUUGGUUGUUUCCCGGUCUCACAGCUUUAGUCAUCCUGAUCCUGAUCAUAGCAGUGGGAGCCAGCAACACCAGGACGUCGAGCCGGCUGUGGUUUGUGGAGAACAGUGUUUCCAACCUGACUGAAUCAUUGAGCAGCGCUCAGCGGCUCGCCACAGACGCAGCGAGAGAAGUUCACCGCCUGAAGUUUGCUGUGGAGAGCAACAAGGACCAGCUGACCUCAGUGUCGGAGGCGAUGAAGCAGCUGUCGACUCUGGACUCCAUCAGCAGGACGGUCGCCACGCUCAGAUGUUCCCUUGCAAGCAUCAUCAACAAUGGUUCAGUAGCGAGCGGCUGCUGUCCUCUGGACUGGGACAUUUUUGGCUCCAGCUGUUAUUAUUUCAGUAGGACACCGUUGGCAUGGCACGAUGCCAGAGACUGGUGUAACGGACACGAAUCACACCUGGUUAUUAUAAACACUGACGAGGAGUGGGACUUUGUGAUCAAGCAUGCCAUGGGCGUGUUCUACUGGGUGGGUCUGACUGAUGAGAGAACAGGGAAGUGGGAGUGGGUCAACCAGACGCCGUACGUCAUGAACCGGAGGCGGUGGAAACCCGGUCAGCCUGACAGCUGGACCGCUCAUGGUCUCGGCCCCGGAGACGAAGACUGUGCUCACAUUCACAACGACGGACGCCUCAACGACCUCCAUUGCUCCGCAGGAUGCGCUACAUCUGCCAGAGACACAGCCAGCACAGCUAAACAGGCUCCACCCACUCAGGUGCUCACCUCCAUCUGAACAUGUGAUCCUGUCAGACCGACCUGUGAGUCGAGGGUCUGAGGAUGUUGCACCUGUACUGAUGUGAGAUUAGUGUUGGUGAAGGUGAACAGCUGUGAGAGCUGUGAUUGGCUGAAUGAUGUGUCACAGCCUGAUCUUCCUCCAAUAAAAACUCUUCAAUGAGC